CCCCUCUCGGCUGUAGUCACACGUAAAGCAGAACAACUUUGAUUUAGACCACCUUGUAUCUGAUCAUUUUCAUUCAACCCCGCCAAGCAUACAGCAGGCUUUCCUCUUCCCCUACUCAGUAAUUAGCAUAUCAAUUGUUGUGAAUCAAAUAGGCACCUGAAACAAUCAACACUACCAGCCCUCUUGAGAAAAAGCAAAGAAAGAACCGAAGAUACCUACUCGGGGAUAAGAAAAUGCCAUAUAAGCCGCUCCGCCAGAUCGCCGCCGAAAAAGCUCGCGGCAACAAGCCGGCCAACCCGUCGCAGCUCGGGGACCCGGUCGAUCUCAAGGCCGAGACCAGCGACGAGCCGGACGACGAGUUCGGGAGCCCGAGCCAGGAGCAGAUCGACGGCAUCGGAACCGGCACCAAGCUCAGCGUGCCGCGCUCGUCGCUCGAGGCGGACCCCAACCAGAAGGGGGAGGAGAAAGGGGUCUGGGUCGGCCUCGGGGACGGGGCCGGGCCCAUCGGCGGGGUGCGGAAGAAGGGGUCUAAGCUGUGAGGGAAUGAGGAGCCGGGGAUGCUGGAGAAGAGAGUGUCGUUGGGCUACCUAAUUAGGCACGGAAUGAAAGGAGACCAUAAUUAAUUAUCAGAUGCGUCCCGGCAGGUUACGGUGGAGAGAGUUUGAUCCUGAGAAAGAAGUCUUAGCCAAUGCCGAUCCG